AUGGUGCACCAACACGGAGACGAGCACGACAUCCCGGACGAGCACCAUGUGCAUCGCCCCGGUGCAUGGCUUCCAGCCGACCACCGGACUCAGAAGGCCUGGCUCGGCAACCAGAUCGACGAGGCUGCGAAGCACAAGAAGGAACUUGUACCCGUUUUGAAGGACUUCAAAACCUUCAUUGAGAGCAACUCCCGCAUCUACAUGUACUUCAACUCCAUGUUCAGUGAAGUGCCAGUCAAGAAGCCUUACGACAAAGACCCGACCGGACACAAGCAAAUCCGGGACUACCCCCACAUGCUUGAAAUUCUCAACCACACAUUCACCACUGCACCCCAUUGGACGGACAAAGCAGAAGCAGUGGGGAUGGUAGGUGUCCCGAUGUGCGCCAUCUUCGACUACCCGAUGGGUACUGCAUCGGGUUAUGCGGCUUUCCUCGACCCUGAGGUCAAUGUUCACUUGAAGAAGAUUCUCAACGAAUGGGGCAAGUUCCUCAUGUCCCCGAAGUCCGCAGAAGUGCUCGGUGAGCACAACUCGGGCUGGUUCAGCCCUCACGGCAAGAAGGAUAUGAUGGAGGUCGCCAACGCCGCGGCCGGGACUAACCACUCGUUCGAAGACUUCUUCGUCGUACCCGACCCGAAGGCCAAGCACUAUGGCUACAAGUCGUGGGACCACUUCUUCACUCGCGAAUUCAAGCCCGAAGUCCGUCCCGUCGCAUCCCCAGACGAUGACAAUGUCAUCGCCAACGCCUGUGAGAGUAAAGUGUUCAACGUUGCGACCAACGUCAAGCUCCGCGACCGCUUCUGGAUUAAAGGCCAACCUUACUCCGUCUCGGACAUGUUGGCUCACCAUGAGCUAGCAGACAACUUCGCCGGUGGGACCGUGUACCAGGCCUUCCUGUCCGCUCUCUCCUACCACCGCUGGCACUCGCCCGUCAGCGGCACCAUCAAGAAGGCCUUCGUGCAAGACGGUACCUACUUCUCCGAGCCACUGUUCGAAGGUCUCGGCGACCCCAGCACGCAGGAAAUCGACCGUGGUGGCAUUAGUACUGGCCAGGGCUACUUGACUGCGCUUGCCACCCGUGCCAUCAUCUUCAUUGAGGCGGACAACCCGGCUAUCGGCUUGAUGGCUUUCAUCGGCGUAGGUAUGGACGAGGUGUCUACCUGCGAGAUCACAGUGAAGGAGGGCCAGCACGUAAAGAAGGGCGAGCAGACGGGGAUGUUUCACUUCGGCGGAAGUUCCCACGUUUUGCUAUUCCGCAAGCAUGUCAAGGUUGAAGGCUUCCCGCAGCCAGGGCGAAAGGAGAACGUGCCAGUGCGGAGCCACUUGGCUACAGUGAAGCCGUAA